GAGAGUCAUGCUUUCCAUCCGAGAAGGCCAUGGAUAAUUGGUUUUCUCCCUCGAAUCUGGCGGGAAUAUUCGUCGGACCAGAGCAAUUCUGGCGGGAAAACACCCGUGGUUGUUGGGUGACGAUUCUCGUGCUUCUCUUUCUCUUUAUCUGCCAACCUGCAAAGAGGACUUUAACGCUCACGAGGCGCCGCUUCCGCAAAUCCAUUUCUGUUGAUAGCAAAACCCCCGUCUCUUCCCCUGGGAAUUCUCAAAUCAAAAUCUCUGAAAUUAUAUCAGUUGAAGAUUUGAGAAACUUAAUUAACAGCUUGGAUGGGAAGCUUAAUGAGAUGGAGAAAUGGGAAAACGUCAUAGACAAAAGGAACGACCUUCUAUCCUAUAAUGCAAAAUGCUGCAAACCCAAGGAUGGACCCCUGAAAUACCUCAGUGUGACAAUAUUUGAGAACUGUUCACCUGAGUUGCUGAGAGACUUUUAUAUGGACAAUGAGUACAGAAAACAGUGGGACAAAAUGCUGGUUGAGCAUGAGCAGUUGCAGAUUGAUGAAAUCAGUGGGAUAGAAAUAGGCCGCACAGUCAAAAAAUUCCCACUUCUGACACCAAGGGAGUAUGUAUUGGCUUGGCGAGUAUGGGAAGGGAAAGAGAAGACCUUCUAUUGUUUUAUCAAAGCAUGUGAGCAUGCUUUAGCACCACGAAGGAAGAAGUUUGUACGUGUCGGAUAUUUUCAAUCUGGUUGGUGUAUCAAGAAAGUGCCUGGUAGAAAUGCCUGUGAGAUCAAGAUGGUGCACCAAGAGGAUGCAGGUUUGAAUGUAGAGAUGGCAAAACUAGCCUUUGCCAAGGGCAUUUGGAAUUAUGUGUGUAAGAUGGAUGGUGCACUACGUAGGUACUCACCCACCAACUGCCCUCUACCUAGAUCAGUCAUGACUGCAGUCAUUCUGGUGCAGAAGGUGCCGCCAGAAUUAGAAACUGUGAUUAUGACUGAAAGUCCUGCCCUUCCGAGAAGUGCCAUUGGUUGUGCAACCAACAAGAGGGUAACCAGUGAAAUAAAAGAGAGGAAAUUUUUGAGACGGCCUUCCGGGAAAUCAAUAGCCAAUGGCUUGCUUUUGCUUGGAGGUGUCAUUUGCCUCUCUCGUGGCCAUUCAAGCCUUGGUGCUAAAGUUGCUAUGGCUUAUAUCCUGAAGAAGCUCUCUGAGCAUGGAGCAUCUUCAAGCCAAGCUGGGCAAAGUGGUGCCACCCAUGAAUCCUUGCAUUAGAACUGAUUUGGUUUAAGAUGACUGUAGAUGAUCGAUGUUCAUUGUAGGGUAGAACUACCAUAGCUUCAAUGCUUAUGUAGACAAAAUUUUGUUAUCUAAG